ACAAUUGUUAUUGCCACAUUGCCAGACAGGACACUAUAAAUAAAAAUAAUAAAUUACAAAUGUCAGUAUCUUUGUUUUCGCCUACCUUGGAAUCGGUGGUCUGUCCUGGGAGUGUUUGCUCUGGCGUUGCCCAUCACUAAAUGUUCUGUCCUCUGACUCAAAUCCAGGGGAUUUCUAACCAGCAGUGGUCGGGCUGCCGCUGGUUUGACCCAUGGACGCCUUGGACAGCGUGGGCGGCGUAAAUCCAGCGGUGGACCCCGUGGGACAGAACGACGGCCCGGCUGCCGAGGACAGCGCGGCACAGAACGACAGCUCACCCGCAGACAUGCUGAGGAUCAAACAGCAGCUGUCCAACCAUUGCUUUGAGAUGGCCGUGCAGCUGAAUGCAGGAAAGAGCGAGCGGCCCAGCAGCUCGUCUGAAGCAGAGAGAGAGUUGGCACGCUGCAUGUCUGAGCUGGAACGUGUGAAGACGGUCCAUUUUAACAGCACUCUGGCACUGCACAGGAUACAGAUGUGGCACGCUAUAGAGGAAAAAAUGAAACAGGCCGGUCCAGACGCAGAGGCCCUGAAGGCUGUGAGUGAUCGCGCCAAGGCUCUGUGUUCACAGAUAAAAAUGCUUCAGAGUGAGAACAGAACCCUGCAAGACGAAAUCACAGAAAUGCAGAAGAAGAGACUGGAGAUUAAACGACUGAUACAUGAAAAAAUGAAGGUGAUGGAGGAGUUAAGGUCCAAUAACGAGCAGCCAAUCACGGACAAGUACAAAACCGUGUUGGAGAAAGGCCAAGCAAACCUGGAGAAAUACAAAAAGAUUACCAUAAUGUCACAGAAUGUCCUCAGGGGCAUCCUGUUGGCCUUUAAAGUUAACUGGUUGGAUAAUCCAAAACUUCGGGAAGUGGUCAUGACGCUGGAGGAGUUUCCUAUCUCUGACUAGAGGAUACAUUUUUUUUUUUUUAAAUCUCUGUUAUGUGGUAAUGUUCUGUUCUGUCUAAUAAAAAUGCGUCAAAUCCGUCAA